AGGUUGAAAGUGAUCAUAUGAGAAAGAAACUGACGGGCAGGAGAUAGAGAGAGAGAGAGAGAGAUCAUACACAGGAGGGAGAGUGGGACUGUUCUCUUUUCAUCAUGGAUUUCUCGCACGCAGCUCUGAUCCUUUGUUCCCUGUUAUGUUCAGUGGUUGGCCAAGCUCCUGUUGUCACAGUGGAGCCUCACACUACUACUGUGCGCCAAGGGGAGUCUGUAAGCUUCAGGUGCCAAGUGGGGAGGGGUACACAGCCAAAGAUAGAGUGGAAGAGAGCCAAUAAUCAAGCAUUACCAGACAAUGCUAAGACUGGUCCUAAUGGCGCUGUGCUGACUAUUGUUAAUGCCCGACCUGCAAACCAGGGACAGUACCGCUGUGUGGCGACCAGCUCUGCAGGCCGCAGCACUGCCAUGGCUGUGCUGAAUGUCAAAUAUGCUCCUAAAGUGCGGCUGGUACCAGCGGGGCCCCUGCGGGUCAGGGUCGGUGACCCAGUGUCGAUUGAGUGUCGUGCCACAGGCAGGCCACGCCCCACAUUGACAUGGAAACGCCAAGGCUCCACCCUGCAGCUGGUUACCGUGGAGACAAGUGAUGUCAACACCAUAAAGUGGCCCGCAGUGCGUCCAGAGGACUCAGGCGUGUAUGUUUGCCAAGCUGAAAACAAUGAAGGGAUGACAGAGGUCAAAGUGGCAAUUACUGUUGAAAGUGGUCCUGGUGCACCCGUGGCUUCCGUGAGUUCUGCAGAAAUGACGGUGGUGGAGGGACAGAUAGUCAUCAUGGAGUGUCAGGCCUCUGGUUCCCCGCCUCCCGUCAUCUCCUGGUCCAAGCUACGAGCACCCUUGCCAUGGAAACACACAGUGGAUGGCGGUGUUCUGACACUGACCAGUGUGGGGCGCCAAGACUCUGGUCAAUACAUCUGUAAUGCAACCAAUGUACACGGCUUCAGUGAGGCAUACACACAGAUGGAAGUGGACUCUCCUCCAUAUGCCACCUGCCUGCCUGACCAAGUGAAGCUCCAUCCUGGCGAUGCCCUGAGCCUGCAGUGCCUUGCCCACGGCUCACAUCCUAUUCAGUUCCAGUGGAGUCGGGUGGGCAGAGUGAACCUGCCUGCAGGAUCAGAGGCUACCAAGGAUGGAAAACUUCUCAUCCCCCGCGUGAAAUUGGCUGACAGUGGAACAUACAAAUGUGUUGCCACCAACUACAUUGGCUCCAGUGAGGCCCAGGCUAAAGUCAUCAUAAAAGCUUAAGCCAACACUGCCACACUGUUUCUCAUUGAUGCAGUGCUAACAAUUCCUGCAAGCCUGGAUUGUUGCCAUCAAGAUGGUCAAAUGGAUAGCAACAAAGCAACAUAGAGGAUUAUACUUAAUAGAUUCCUAUAUUUCAACGUAUAAAUGUGAAAGAAAUCACUGCCUUUGAAACUUCGGAAGUUAUUGUGCAUAUGGGGUUAAUUUUGUACUUUUAUAGAAAAUUGACAUGUCAUGUCUUUGGAAAGCUUUUCUCUGGAAUCCUAAAAUGAAAUGAUGGCCUACAGUAUGUGUGGGGGUUGUUUCUUCUGCUGGAAUACCUCAGCACCCUGUUCUUCCUCCCUUCACGUCAACUGCUAAGUCUACAAUGUUUCACUUUCAACAGUGAAAGGAUGGCAAAAUCCUGGUCGCACAUAAAAGCCUUUGUUAUGACCUUAAAUACCAAUACAAUAAAGACCAAAUUUAAAAAAAAAAGUUAAUAGUUUUAGUAAUUUCAAUAAAAAAUGAUGUCUUGAAAACAUUUAAUAAAAUGGUUGUCUGAAAACUAUCCAAAUUAGGGACUAUAUAAAAAUUAUUUGGGGAGAAACGGUUUCUUUUGGCCACAGGAAAGGUAGUCUGACUUUUCUUUAAGAGCAGACAAUAACCUUUAUUUUUUUCUUACUCUAGAUUUAUUUUUUAUUCCGGCCUUCCCUUCUGUUGAUAUAAUCUUAAUCUUUACAUAAAUAGUUACAUAUAAAUAGAUAUCUUUCAUGUGGGCCAUGGUUCAUACAGAUGAGCUUUACUUUAGCCUAUAAGGACAGCAGUCCUGUGUCUAUCAGCGUUUUAUUUUUCCCAUCACCAUCAAUUACAAGCUAAUAUAAAGUUGCUAACCCCAAUGAUAAGGAACACAAAAUACACCUGGAUCUGUUUAGUUAUUAGUGACUGAAUAUAUCCUUCCAAACAGCAUGCCAUUUUUGGAAUUUCUUAUAUCACUUCUAAGGUGUGCUACUAUGAAAAUGAUUCCAGUUAAGUGCCUUGAUUACUUAGUGCUUCAAUGAGUCCAACCAAUGUCAUUGGCCCUAAAGCUAUUUGGAAGGCUAAUUGUGUUAGAACCCUGUAGACAGACGGGGCAAAACUGCUAGCUUGCAGGGCAGAGCAGUUCCAUUGUAUUUGAUCUCUUGGUUGAGUGUGGUUUAAACUCAGCAAAAAGAAAACUCAAUUAUUAAUAUUCAAAUAUCUCAACAGAAAUUGGGUAUGACAAUUAAUCUAAAUCAAAAGGGGGCUUGUUUUGUUGUCUGUUGAGAGGGUGACCGUUAUCGUUGGGAUAACACUUCUAACAGUAACACUGUUAUAUAUAUUUUUUUAGAUAUUGUGGGGAAGUACUGCACUUUUUCCAGGAGAUGGUCCAAAGAAAAUUACAGGGACAGUCAGUGCCCCCUUCCCCCCUAAGUAAUUUCUAUACAGUCCCUUAAUGUUUACAUUUUGAUUUUGCCAUGCAACUGCCUUUGAAUCUGACACAAUAUAUAUGGCUGAUGUCAAAUCUAAACAUUACUUCACAACCUUUCUUUAACCACAUGGUGGCAAUGUGUCACUUCAAGGCACAAACAUUGCCCUCCAGUCAAAGACGAUCAGUCUUAGCCUUCAUUCCCUUAACAACUGAAGAGACAGAUGCAGUGCACAGUCAAAGUAUUGUUUUCCAAAUGACUACAAGUCAUCUGUAAGUUUAAAAAAAAAGAGUAGGGUUGGGCUGAUGAGGUCAGCUCAGUGAGUAAAUAUGGACUGUAAACUCCUCUUGAACAGCCAAAGUUCAGUUUGAUCAGGCAGAUGUCUUGCAAAAUAAUACACCAGCCAUGCUGUUGCACAAAAUUUAUAGCAGGUCUGCCUAAGUGAAGUAUUUGCUUGCCAUUUAGGGUUGGUGGCAGCAGCAGCAAGUUGGAAAGAGAGCUACCAUUUCCAGUGCUUGCUGCCAGAGCAAAGCCUGUAUCUGCUGUAUGUGAGUGUGGCCUCCCUCAUAAACCGCCAAACCUCCACAGAGAAACAAGCUUUACCCUUUCCACUUUUCUUCCUUCCAUCUUUACAAGCAUCUUCAAAGCUGGGGAGGAAACAUCUGCCCUCUGUCACCUCACUCCACCCCCUCACUUCACAGACAGACCGAGGGAGGGAGAGGCAACAUGGAGAAACUAAAUAAAUGCGCAACAAAUCAUAGCAGAGUAUCUAUAUUCUACAUUAUUAAUUUAGAAUGAAAGUCAUUGAGGUUAAAAAAAGGCAUCAGUGGCAGACAGGAAACAAACUAAUUCUUUAAGUCCGAGUCUCUCAGUGUAUGUCUUUGUUUACAUAUCAACUAGACAUGGACAUAUGCCCUCUAAUGGAGUCUGAUAUAAACACUAAGGCUCACAAGAGACUUCCCAGAAAAAGGAUGUUCUCGCACACACACACACACACACACACACACACACACACACACACACACACACACACACACACACACACACACACACACACACACACACACACACACACACACACAAUUUACAUUAGUUUAUAUUACAGUAGAAGUACAUAGCAGUGCUACAUUUAUGCUGGACCACACAUUGCUUAUGUUAGCCUUAAGAGAAGAAGAAAAUACAAAAAACAAGUAAUCAGUCUUGUGGAUGUAUUGGCACGCAAGGAGGGAAACUUUCCCAAAAUCAAAAUAUUCCUUUUUCUUAACACAACAUAUAUCAGUAAACAAUUAAAAAGUCAUACUGUUGAUAGAUAAAAUGCAGUAAUAAUGUGGGGAAAACCAGAUCAUAAAGGAAGGAACCAAUCAUGUGAGAGUUUCCUCACACAGGAAGUGAUAGGUGGAAGGGGGGCGCCCGUCAAUUCUGUUGCUAUGGUUUCCACCUGGUGAACUUGGAUACACUGUGGUAGGCUGACCGUUUGUAGAAACAACAGUUUUGUCUGGACAUAGGAAGGCAGGCUGAUAGGGCGAUAGGGAAUGGAGUUCCUGUAUUGUGUUGACUGUAAAGCUGAAUACCAGAGUGCAUAAUGUCACACCCUGCAUUAAAUCUUAUCUAUCAUUGUGUCAAUGUCAAAAUGUUUCUGUUCAUAACUGGUGCAACAGGAAGCCAUAACAAAUCAUCUCAUAUAAAUCAGCUGAAAUGUUGUCAUGUACAAAAAGAGGAGUGAGUCAGUAAUCCCUCUGUGAAAAUAGAGUUUAACUGCUGACAGGAAGGGCUAUGCCCUGGACUAAACGGGUCACUGGGGAAGGAAAUAUAGGCUAAAUAACAUUCCAUUAAAUUGUUAUUUUUUUCCUGCCUUCUCUCAGAUGUGAAUAAAUAAUAAAGAUAGGUAUAUAUGUAUUCAUCAUCAUCAAUCAUGUAUACAAUGACUAUGCCAAUAUUCCAUAAUGUGGGGUUUGGGCCCCUCAGAGGCAUUGGAGGGGUCACAAGAUAAUUAAAGAGAUAAGAAAAAAAUAUAUACUUCUGUUACACAAAAUUGUUCCUUGUUAAAGCUGCAUAAAUAAAUAUGUUAUAUUAUCAA